AAACCCCAUUCGACAUAUUGCAUAAUGAAAACACAUCCGCGAGAAGACGCCACCGUAACCGUACUCCACCGCCAACUUAUAGAGGAGUGACACCGAUGUUAAGCCGUCGUGAAUCCACCACCAACCAAAGGAAUCAAUUCGCAUCAUCCACUCAAAGAAUUCAUAGUGAAAGGGGUGAGAAUAAUAAUCGAAAUAAUGUGGGUGGGGAUAAUGCUACGUACUCAUCUUCAUCUGAGUUGGCAAAUAUUACCUCAGGCCUUAAUAUAUCUGCAUCACAAAAUAGCAGUGAUUUUAGUAUGCCCGAUGUAGGAGGAAGUAGUCAGCUGCCCUCUUAUAUGGAACCUAUAAAUGAGGAAGAAAGAUAA